GCGCCUGCGCCGGAGGCCAGUAGGCUGGCAACGCUGAGCCAGCUAACUCGCCACCAGAGUCGGGCUGUCAGUGCGCCUGCGUGAGAGCCGUGCGCCGCUGUUCUUGACUGUUCUCUGUGGAGCUCUGGUUUUAGCCAUGCAGUGCUCCGACUCCGAGCAGACCCCCAAAAAGUGCCGACUCGAUGCCAGCCUUCUAAGAACCCCGCCGAACACUGCUGCCGCUGCCGCUGCGGCUGCAGAGUCCCCGGACUCCAAGCUCCACCGCAACCACAAGAUCUGGGACCCGGAGCAGGUGUGCCGCUUCCUAAUCUACUGUGACUUCAAAGAUCCCAGAGUGCUGGACCGCGUCCGAGAAGAGAAAAUCACAGGUUCAUUACUGCCCUUUCUUAAUGAGACUCAUCUUGAAAAUCUUGGUAUAAGUUCCUCGUCGGAGAGAAAGAAGUUGCUCAAUUCUAUCAAACAACUGAGUCAAACUUAUGUUGAUAAAAGGAAGGUCAUUAAUGAUCCUAUUCAUGGCCACAUUGAAUUCCACCCUCUCCUCAUCCGAAUCAUCGACACACCUCAAUUUCAGAGGCUUCGCUAUAUUAAACAGUUGGGAAGUGCUUACUAUGUUUUUCCGGGAGCUUCACACAAUCGAUUUGAGCAUAGUCUAGGCGUAGCAUAUCUAGCAGGAUGUCUGGUUCGUGCACUGAGUGAGAGACAACCAGAGCUGGAGUUGAGUGAACGAGAUAUACUCUGUGUUCAGAUUGCUGGGCUUUGUCAUGAUCUCGGUCAUGGGCCAUUUUCCCAUAUGUUUGAUGGAAGAUUUAUUCCACUUGCUCGCCAAGAUGUGCAAUGGACGCAUGAACAAGGCUCAGUUGAUAUGUUUGAGCACCUAAUUAAUUCUAAUGGACUCAGAACUGUCAUGGAAGAGCAUGGUCUCAUCCUUGAAGAAGAUAUUUACUUUAUCAAGGAGCAAAUUACAGGACCACUUGAAUCGCCAGUCAAAGAGAAUUCGUGGCCAUACAAAGGGCGUCCUAAAGAGAAAAGUUUCCUUUAUGAAAUAGUGGCCAAUAAAAGAAAUGGCAUUGAUGUGGACAAAUGGGAUUAUUUUGCCAGGGACUGCCAUCAUCUUGGUAUCCAAAAUAAUUUUGAUUACAAACGCUGUAUUAUGUUUGCCCGUGUCUGUAAAGUAGGAGAGCAGAUGCAUAUCUGUAGUCGAGACAAGGAGGCUGGGAAUCUGUACGACAUGUUCCAUACACGCAGCUCUUUGCAUCGUACAGCUUAUCAACACAAAGUUGGCAACAUCAUUGACACAAUGAUUACAGAUGCUUUUCUCAAAGCAGACCCCUACAUAGAGAUUAUAGGUGCUGAAGGAAAAAAGUAUCACAUUUCUACAGCAAUUGAUGACAUGGAAGCCUUCACUAAGCUAACAGAUAACAUUUUUCUGGAGAUUUUAUACUCUACCGAUCCCAAAUUGGAUGAAGCACGGGAGAUUUUAAAAAAAAUUGAACACCGUAAUCUGUACAAGUACGUGGGUGAGACUCAGCCAGUUGGAGAAACAAAGAUUAAUAAGGAAGACUAUGAAUGGAUUCCAAAAGACAUUGCUGAAGCCAAACCUGGAGUACUCCUAGAAACUGAGCUGAAGGCUGAAGAUUUCAUAGUGGAUGUUAUCAACGUGAAUUAUGGAUUGGAAGACAAGAAUCCUAUUGAUCACGUGUACUUCUAUUGUAAGAGUGACCCUGAGCAAGCAAUCCAGAUUAAUAAAAAUCAGGUUUCCAAGCUUUUGCCAGAGAAAUUUUCAGAGCAGCUGAUUCGCGUGUACUGUAAGAAGACGGAUGAAAAGAGUUUGUUUGCUGCACGCCAGCAUUUCGUUUAUUGGUGCUCACUCAACAACUUCACCAAGCCUCAGGAUGGCGAUGUUAUAGCCCCACUUAUAACACCUCUAAAAUUGGAAUGGAAUUACCCGAAUUUAGCCCAGAGUCCAGCUGUCAUCCAAGAAGGAUCCAAAGCCCGACAUCGGCUUUUUCAGCAUGACUCAAUGUGAAUGCCUGCAAUCAUUUGUUUACAACCUUUCCUCUCUCCAACACGAUCAAUUAAUUGAGGGAAUUUGAUCAUCUAGUUCUACAAAUUCAGUGACGACUAGCACUUUUUAUUUUAUGUUUUGAAUUACACAUAUGCUGAAGCUAAGCAAUUUUUAUUCAAAGAAAGAAAAAGGUGUUAGGGAGAUCUGACUAUAUACAUGCUAUGAAAAGCAUUACUUUACCUAUUUUUAAUAUUAAAGCCUUUCUCUUUUAGUAGUCUAUUUUCGUAGAAUAAUAGUUCUUUUAUGUACUCUGAAUUUUUAUAACAUGAUUGUUUUUUAAAAAGAAAACUUGAAAUGAGACAAGGGUGCCCAUUGGAAUUUGAAGUUGGGAUUGUCAUGUACAGCCAAGGUUAAAAAUAAAAUGAAAUGCUAGUUGCCUGAGGGGGUGCCCAUCACCCCGAAUUUGAGGACGGCUCUCCUUAAGUGAUCUAAACAUUAGUGAAAGACACCAUGUCUCACCCUUCUAGCCAAGUUAGGGUAAACAAUAGGAGAUGAGAACCAGGAGUGGCCUCCAACUCUGGUGAGAGGCCUGAUUAAUUUAUUCAAAAGUUCUGAGGGCUGUGGCCUCCUCUGAAGUGGGACAUAAAACUACCUUUGAGGAGACCUUUAUCCCCAGUGGCAGAGGUACCCCCCAAAGCAGGCCGUCCUCUGGGUCAGUUGUGGCCCGGUACAGUUCUUUUUUCCCCUGAAUACUCACUGCCCAAGUCCCGCGGGCUUUACCGCUGCCCAGCCUGGGGAAGGAGGCUCCCCUCUGACCUGCUCCCUGCAUCUCGCUUGUGAGCUGAGCAGAGGCCAGCACAGGAACCAUCCUCAGGGCUACUCAGCUGGGAUUUGGUUUGUGGUGGUUCAGUGCAUUUUACUGUUUCAGGGCAAAAACUGAGCUGCCGGUGCUGAGCUGAGUGAUUACCCAAUGAAUUCCAGGUUCCCCUUUGUGAAUGGACGUUCUUUACCUCUAGCAGUGGAGUGGGCACCACUGUGGUUGAGUAAUGCUCCUGUGCCAAGGGCGCCACGCCCCCUCCCCCAACGCCAAGUACCAUAGAAAUCCACCAAGAACACAGGCUGGAGUUAGAGCCAAAGCCAGUGGUGGAUAGAGGGUGCUGAGGAUGCAAGGCAGCGAGGAAUGGUAGUCACGAGCCCCUAGCCUCUUAUGCUUUGAUAUUCUCCGUGGGAGCUGAGUGUGGGGAGCCAGCCCUGGUUCUGGGCAGGUGUGAGUGGUGGAAAGGAGGAACUCACACCGCAGGCCAGCAGAUUAUCCAGACUCAGGAGUGCUGCCACCUCCCACUGUGUAACCAGGUUCUGCUCUGUCGACACUAGGGUGGAAAGUAUUUGGAAGGUCUGCCAUUCUGCACAGUCACCACCCCCUUCCUCCAUCCCUCAGUAGAUAAUCAAGAGUUGACCCUAAUUCAUAGGAGAACAGUUAAAACCCUUCUCACUCCCACCACGAUGCUGCAUAGAUGGGGACGUGUUCACACUUAGGCUCCAACAAGCACAGGUGAAGGCAGCUAUGGUACUGAGUCAUACUGUUUUGGCCAAGGUGCCUCUAAAACAUUCAGUGAAGAGAAGUCUAGGCCUCAGACUUCAUGUACUCAGACCCAAGGUCAAAAUGUGAAGUAUUUCCACUAAGAUUGUUUUAUUUCUGCAAUUUCUACCUUUAAAUCAUUGUAAUUUACUUUGGAAUUUUGUAGUCCUGAUAUUGUAUCAUUGUGCUAUGUGAGAAACAGCUUGAAUCCAUUUUGUUUGCAUCUUUUAUUACAUAUAAGGCAACUGCACUUUAUGUUCUUUACAACUGUUUUAAUUAUGAGAACCAUGCACCAUUUACAAGGUUAGAUUUAUCUUAAGAAUCACUUUCACUGUAUAAAAAUGGAGACGUUAACAGCUUAGCCUCUGAAAGUACUGAAUGUUAUCACCUUGAGAAUGUAAAUAGAACUGAAAGUUUAAAUGACUGGUUACUUCAUUUGGGUGAGGGAAACAGCUGCAAUAAAGCUUCAUGAAUGUAUCUUCAUCUUAAAA